GCGAUGUCCUGGUCCGUCUGCAACACAGCCGAUCUUCCACAGAGCUCAGGAGAGGCCGAAAGAUUCGACCCAGAUCGCCUUCAGGAGCAUGGGCAGCAACUUCUGCACUUUCUCCGUCAGCGAUGCCGCAGAGAAGGCGGGACAUAUUGGCUCUUUCGUGAGCAGAACAGCUCCCGAGCGGAACUCUUCGACAUUAGCAACUCUGCAGACCGGGAGGACGACGACGGCAACUGGGAAACCUCAGCAGCUUUCAGGACCACGCCGUCCCUGGCGACGCCAAUCGCCUCAUUGUGCUUCCACCUCUCCAAAUCCAUGUCGCAAGAUUCUGACCAGCGACAGCUCCUUCAGAAGGCCACGCAGCUGCUAGAGCCGCUGCAGGAAGAGCAGUAUGGGCUCUACGCCACGGCGGCCCUUCAACUGGCGUGCUCGUACAUGCGCACGCCUGUGGCUGCGAUCUCCGACAAGGGCUCCUCAGUUGCUGCUCCUCCUGGCAACGCCCCCGCUUCAGCGCGUUUGAGUGUGGCGAUGCGCUACUUAGAGAAGGUGCUUCGGCUGCUGAGCGGAAUAAGCGAUGACACCUCCACCCUACGGGCCGGGCUGCUGCUUCAGGGGCAGGUGGCGUAUGCCGAAUGCAUCCUCAAGUUGGUGAAGGAGGCUUGUAUCCCAACCUACUCGGCCUGGCUAGCUCAAGUCCAGCGCAGCUCCCAGGAGAUCAUCCAGAAGCACGGUGCCAGCAGUGCUGCAGCGCAGAAGCAGCUCUCACAGAUGAAGCAGCUUAGUGCCGCAUUCUUGCUCUGGCGUCUCUUCUGGCUCUGCCGUGCUCACCGUGCCUUGAGCUUUCUUGCGGCUGAGAAGCGCGAG